AUGCCCGGAGGAUCCGCGAGGCAUCCGCCCGUCUUCCAGGACUGCGCCUCCACUGGUGUCCAUCCGGCCCAGCUUCUCUCAUCUGCGGUAGUCGCAGCUCAUCAACCGACAGUCGGUUCAGAUCCUCGGGCAGGCUCUGGGCCUCUGGGCUCCAGUUUGUUCCCGGAGAGCUUCUUGUCAUCAAGUUUUGGACCGUCUCAGCCAGGGCCAUCAGCUUUAGAGUUGCAGCGUCCAUCUCGUUCGUGUCGAUCUGGCGACUGUGCUCCGCCCCCGCUAUACAUUACUUGUCAGCCCCCCCCGAAGGUGUUUGCAAAGUGGAGUGCUCCUCACUCACCAAUUUUGACGACACCGGACUCCAUGAGAAAGAUCGUGUCGGCGCUCAAGGUAGCCAGUACUCUGCCCUGCCCACGGAGAUGCUUUAUUCCUUUCAGGACCUACCAAUCAUUGGCCAUCGGUUUCCCAAUGGCAGCGACCCUUUCCUCCAAAAAGAGGGGGAAGACAGCCCGAACGCCCCACACCCACCGGCCAAACACUCGCGGGGAGGGCUCCUUCGUCGAUGGAGCAUCGCGAACCCCAGUACCCGGCUUACGGAUAACUAAACCGCUUCCCACACCAGGAAAUGCUGCCCUCCAUGACGAUAGUGCUCGAGUAGGUCGGUGGAGUUUUCGGGCUGAGGGUCGGAUGGGCACAGCCUGA